AUGGCGCAGUACGGAUACGGAGGGCGUGCAAACCCUUUUGAUCAACGAAAUGCCGCCCCACAACAAGGAGGAUACGCAGCGCAGCCUUACGGACAGCAGCCUCAAUACGCAGACCGACAAUAUGCCACCCAAACUAUGGGCCGUGACGAUUACACUGGUAGCAAUCUUGAAAUGGAACCUUUGACAGGAACAAGCGAUAAGUUCCCAAAUCAAAGCCAAUCUGCUCCCAAAAACCCCAUAUUCGAGGAAAUCGGUGCAAUUAAAAAAAAGAUCCAAGACAUGGACUCCGACUCCGGGGAAUUAUCUGCUUUCAAAACGCUGCAACAAAAAUCCUUGAACAACCCUGAUCCCUCGGCUUCGAACGAACAACUUGACAAAAAAUCCAAUAAAAUCAUGGCAGAUUAUCGUAAUUUGGUAGAGAGGAUCAGGCACCUGAAGUCAAACCCCCAAAUCUACAAAAAUCAAAACUACAAUAAACCAAUCUCCACCAUUGAUUCCCAGCUAAAGAACGCGAUGAAAACCUUCGAGGAUAUGGACACUGAAUUCGCAAACAAGCUCCGGGAACAAAUGGCCCGCCAGUACCGCAUUGUUCGUCCUGAAGCAUCAGAUGCAGAGGUUCGAGAGGCUGUCGGAAAUCAAACAAAUCAACAAGUGUUCUCUCAGACAUUGAUGCAGAGCAACAGACAUGGCCAAGCCCAAUCUGCUAUGAGCGCAGUUCGAAGUCGUCACGAGGAAAUCAAGAAAAUUGAGGAUCAAAUGGUAGAUCUGGGCAAAUUGUUCACAGACUUGAACACCCUGGUCGAGCUACAAGAGGCGCCCGUCGCAAACAUUGAGAUGAAGGGCGAGGAAGUCGUAGAAAACAUGGACAAGGGUAAUGAGCAGAUCGGCACAGCAAUCAAGAGCGCAAGAAAUGCACGAAAAUGGAAGUGGUGGUGCUUAGGCAUAGUCGUCCUGAUCAUUGCUAUCAUUGUAAUCGUCGUCCUCAUCUACAAGUUCGUCAUCCAGAACAACAACAACUCCUCCAAAUCAACCAGUAAGCGAUUUGUUCUCCCAUCCCUCGAGCGCCGAGCCAUCUCCGCCCCAACAGAAGAACGCUCCGAAAUCCCAGGUCUAAAAUGGACCCGCGAAAAUACUCUCGCACCCGUAGAAGAACGCUGGGUAGUCGACAAACUGGAAUGGUCGCCUCCAAGCAAAAAGGAGCGCAGAUUCCAAGCGUAG